AUAUAAAUACCAGCAUGGCUACGGAAAGACAUCGCAUAAUUCAAAGUUGUUCGUUUUUCACGACAAAAAAUGAUCUGUACCAAGACUACCAUUUAUUUUGCUGUUAUCUGCAGUCAAAUGUUUUUAACAAUUUCUGCGCGUAGCACCGGGAACAAUGUCGAUUUAGGUAAAAUCGUUCACGGCUCUACAAAGGAAGAUCCUUUUUCUUCUGGCGCUUUUUCACCUGACCUCAAGGAUACAAAUCACUCGUCAGUUUUCACUACUAAUGGUAAAACGGCGUUUGCUGCAGACAAAAGGAAAGGAAAAUUCUUUGGAAUCACUACGACUGGAACCACGGGGAAUAAUCUACAACUUGGAUUAUCCUUUAUAGUGCCAUUCCUAAACAUCCCAUUUGGAGCAAGCAGCACAUCAUCGUAUUAUGGCUCCAACUAUGCAACUACGCCAUCGUAUGGAACAAGCACAAGUCUUCUCGGUUUAAACUCAGGCAGCAUAAUAUACGCCGUGAUAAUUGGAUUGGUAGCAAUAGUACUUAUCCCACUUUUUAUUUAUUCUUUCACGGGAGUUAGCACCUCACCAUAUGGACGAAGUGACGACAUUGAUAGCAUUUUAACGAAUAUGGUAUCUCGGAUUGACGAUGCGCUUCAAAAUCAGUAUAAUGUUGAUGCGUCUAGUUGCUUACAACGUGCCCUUUGUACUCAUAUUGCAUCAUCGACAAGGAGAAUGUCUGAGGGAACAGCUGGUUCAAUUGAUAACAUUAUUGAUGGUUUUGCUUCGGGCACGUAUUUUAGUACCUUGCUAUCGGGCACCAAAAUUGAGGAAGCAAUUCGUCAAGCAAAAAAUGGUGAAACUUGCAACAAAUAUUUUACAAAAUGCCCAUAUAGUCUGGAUUCUCUCAAUCAUUCUCUGACCGAUUAUGCUGAGAAAUAUGUCAUGAGCCAGGCAAACAUAGACGAUCAAUUGUAUUCUUUUAAUGAUGUUUCCUUGGAGUAAAUUGAGAACUGAAGAAUAACGAGGCGAUUCACUAUAAAUCAUUUUGAAAAGAAACGUCCGCUUUCAUCAAAGCUAGUGUACUCUUUCAUGUUCCGUACGUUUAUUUAAAUAAGCUCUAAAUAUACAUUACAAUUGCUUACGAAAUAA